AUGCCUACUCAAAAAGCGAUUGUUGUCGUCGAACCCAAGAAGGAAGGUCUCGUGACCGACCGACCUGUCCCAGCGCUGCGCGACGACUACGUGCUGGUCAAGAACGUUAGCGUCGGCUUGAACCCCACGGAUUGGAAGCACGUUGCUUUCCUGUCUCCUCCCGGAGUCUUGGUCGGUUGUGACUUUGCCGGUGUCGUCGAGGAAGUCGGCAAGGACGUGAAGAAGCCCUGGAAGAAGGGUGACCGCAUCUGUGGUUUCGCUCACGGUGGUAAUGCCGUCCAACCCGAGGACGGUGCCUUUGCCGAGUACAUCGUCGCCAAGGGUGACGUGCAGAUCAAGAUUCCCGACAACUUGAGCUUCCAGGAGGCUGCCACUCUGGGUGUCGGCACCCUCACUGUCGGUCAGGGUCUCUACCAGAGCCUGAAGUUGGCCCUGCCCACCGAGCCCAUCAAGGACCAGACCCCCAUCCUGAUCUACGGUGGCUCCACGGCGACCGGUACCCUCGCCAUCCAGUACGCCAAGCUGUCCGGCUACAAGGUCAUCACGACCUGCUCCCCCCACAACUUCGAUCUGGUCCGCAGCCUCGGUGCCGAUUCCGUCUACGAUUACAAGGACCCCGAGGCGGCCGCCAACAUCCGCAAGGAGACCGACAACAAGCUGAAGCUCGUCUUUGACUGUAUCUCCCUCGCCCCCAGCGCCAAGUUCUGCGAGCAGGCCAUCUCCACCGAAGGUGGUGAAUACAGCGCUCUGCUCCCCGUCAAGGUCGAGCGCGACAACGUCAACAGCCGCUCGACCCUCGGUUACACUGCCAUGGGCGAGGCUUUCAAGUUUGGCAACAUGGACAUUCCCGCCAAGCCUGAGGAUCUGGCUCACGCUGCCAAGUUCGUGCCCAUUGCCGAGGACCUGCUCGCCCAGGGCAAGGUUAAGGUGCACCCUCCCAAGGUCGGCAAGGAUGGUCUCAAGGGCGUCAUUGAGGGCCUGAAGCUGCUGAAGGAGGACAAGGUCAGCGGAGAGAAGCUGGUCUACAACGUCUCCGAGACUCCUUGA